ACGGACGUGUGUGACAGUACAGCGCGCCAAAACUCACAAGCAACAUCAAAAUAAAAAGGUCGGGCAAAGCGGCGGCAGGAUGGGGUUGCUCGAUCGGUGCCAGGAGCUGUUUAAUACGGCGAGCCUAUACGAGGUGCUGGGCAUCAACAAGGAGGCGAACGAAGCGGAGAUUCGCAGGAGCUACUACAAAGUGUCGCUAAAGGUCCACCCGGACCGGGCCCCCGACGACCCGCUAGCCACUGAGAAGUUCCAGGUGUUGGGCAAGUUGUAUGCAGUGUUGAGCGACAAGGAACAGCGGGCUGUCUACGACGAGCAGGGCGUGGUGGACGAAGAGUCAGAUGUUUUGAGUCAAGAUCGCUGCUGGGAAGAUUAUUGGAGGCUGCUCUUCCCAAAGAUUACUGUGCAGGACAUCCUUGAUUUUGAGAAACAAUACAAGGGCUCCGAUGAGGAGAGGAAGGACUUACUCCAGCUGUACACGCAGCACCAGGGAGACAUGGAUGCCAUCCUGGCCUCGGCGCUGUGUAGUUCCCAAGACGACGAGCCCAGGCUUGGCGACAUCAUUCGGGCCGCCAUCAAGAGCGGGGAUGUGGAAGAAUUCCCUGCCUUUGCGCAGGAGAGCGACAAGAAAAAGAGGGCUCGCAGGAAGAGGGCGGAUAGAGAGCGACAAGAAGCAGAAGAAAUGCAGAAAGAGAUGGGGUUUGGCCAGGAGGACGACAGCCUCAUGAUGAUGAUCAAACAAAGACACGCGUCAAGGGAACAGAACUUUAAUAGCUUCUUGUCUGGUUUGGAGGCCAAGUACUCCAAAAAAGGUGGAAAAUCCUCAAAGAGGGGAAAGAAGUGAGGAAGGAGCCUUACUCCUCCAAGUUAUUGACAUUUUUCCCAACAGAUCACGUUUGAGCUACGAUGGAAUCCCAUUAGUUAAGCCCUGUUAUUUUCAAUGUUUGAAUAUUUUAAUGUUCCUGUAAUAAAAUGUAACUUGAUUUUAUGUUGUGAAUGUCACGAUUGGGCAAUAAAGUUACUAUUCUUCCACAUCAUUUGCAUUAGUGUAGUUGCCUUGCACACUUAUUGCUUAACA